AUGACCACUGGUCCCCGGGAUGACCAACGAGAAAGCCUACUACGAAAUGCAGCUAGUUUAACGACAUCAACACCAUCGCCUGGGGGGGUUUAUGGACAUGAGAUGGUGGAUUUUGGGUCUGGGGAUAUUGGAAUGCGGAGGACAUCAUACCCGCCAGCCUACGAGCCCUCAGUCCAACGAGAUCAUGGACGAGAUGGGUCUUUUGGGCGAUCUUCCAUGAAUAAGGAUCUUUCAACAAGGCAAAUUCAAACAGAAUCGAUUCGAUCCGGGGCGCCUUCAGUAAUACACAAUGCGUACCAUCGUUUCAUGCGAUUUAUCCUUCGAUCCGGUACAUGGGGCUCACAUAUAAAUUACAAACCAGCCAACUCUGGAAAACAACCCGAAGAUAAUGAAUUCAGUGGCUGGCGUGGAGGAAUAGCCGCUGCUUGUGCAAUCGCAGGAACAGUUCUGACACUCAAUAUCGUAUUCUGCAUCUACGGCGGCGCGGUUUCCAAGUCUGGAAUGAAAAUUGGGAGUCUCUACGAAGGAGAUUGCGAUACGGUCACGCGUGCUGAUUCGGCUCUGCAUAUUGCAAUCAAUAUUAUGGCAACACUGUUGCUAGGUGCGAGCAAUUAUACGAUGCAGUGUAUCAGUUCUCCUACACGUCGUGAGAUUGAUAGGGCACAUGCUCGCGGGAAAUAUCUUGAUAUUGGGAUACCUAGCAUAAGGAAUCUUUCCGGAAGGAGGAAGCAUAUUCUAUUCUGGUUGCUAGUGGUGUCUAGUGUGCCUCUUCAUUUUUUGUGGAAUUCUGCUGUCUUUACGACAACCCAAGAAAUUGAUUACAAGGUCGCCGUUGUAACGCCAAGUUUUCUGGAAUCCAAUAAUCCCAUCAACUGCUCGCUAGAGGUUAGUCCGGUGUAUAGCGCGGCAUAUAAUAAAAUUGACCUAGCUUAUGAUAAUGGUCCAAUCGACGGGAAUAAGACGAAAUACUACCAAGAGUACAAUAGAACAGUCGCUUAUUACCCCUCCAAGGGCAAAAUUCCAUGGUAUCAGCUAGAUGCAUGUCCGAUUUUGACAGAGAUGAGAGCCAAUGCCACGCAAAAUCUCUUGACACGUUUGAGUACUACAGAGUGUAUUAACAAAUAUGGAACAACAAGUACGAGACUCGCUAAAGUGGGUCAUGUUCUAGCUGUAACAAAACCAAGACCCGAAAAUGACAAUUCGACUGUACUGUUCCAAUUCAACUUUCAGACAUACAUCUCCAACAUCACAGGAAACAACUGGGUCUGUGGCCCUCGAAAUCUAAUCGCAAACAACUACAAAUGUUCUCCCAAAACCCUCGCUGGGGAAGCAUCUUGGACACUUGGGAGACUCAAUGCAAGCACCUCGAAUCCAUAUCGAUUAGCGGAAUUAGACGAGUGGGAGAUAGACCAUUGUCUAGCGCUCGAAACUGACAUUGGAGGAAAAUGUAUGCUUCAAGUUAGUAUGGUUAUCAUGACUUUUGUCAUCAUUGCCAACGCCAUCAAAUUCACAUGUAUCAUCUGGGUCAUCAAAACAAGCACCGAACCAGUCCUCGCAACCAUCGGCGACGGGAUCUCCUCAUUUCUCCAGCGUCCCGACCCCAUCACAGCUGACCGUCCCUUUCUUACCAGACCCAAAGCCAGAAAAUUCAGGCCCUUAUCAGCCAAAUAUCCCGAAAUGUGGACAUCCAAUUACACCAAUCUACGCUGGUGGAAAGGACCCAGCAAAGCCCGCUGGUUCAUCACGCUCACCCUGUGCAUAAUCGCCAUCAUAUCAACCUGUAUCUUACUUGGCACUGGAAACGAGAACUUCAAAUCCAACGUCGACAUCGCAGUAUCAAACCCCUAUUCCAUAGGCUUCGGCGUCUACAACAAAGCCGCCACCGUAACCAUCUUCGCCUUCAGCGACAGCGACGUCGUCUCACUCACAAAGUCCUCUUUCGACUCCAGCAAGAACCUCCUUCAAAUGGUCGGCAAGUCCCUCUCUCCCCAAUCCGUAGCCAACAUCCCGCAAUUCAUAGUCUCCUCCCUCUACUUCGCCUACAACACCAUCUACACCUCGAUGCACUCGGCCGCCGAAUUCUCGCAUUUCACACUAACCCGCAAAGCCCUGCGCACCACCCGUCCCCUCGGCGCCCAACGCUCUACAUACUGGCUCUCCCUCCCCUGGACCUACUCCCUCCCUCUCGCCAUCGCAAGCAUGACACUCCAUUUCCUCAUCAGCGCCUCCCUCUUCAUCGCGCGCACCGAGAUCCUCGACCCGUCUAACGCCAUCGAACCGAUUUCGUACAUGCAAGUCGGGUAUUCGCCCUUGGCCAUCCUGCUCGCGGUCAUUUUCGGGAGUCUGAUGGUCCUCGCUAUGAUCUUGAAUGGGUUCAGGAAACUUGAUCCGGGGUUGUUGGUCGGGAAUAACAGUCUAGCGAUCGCGGCGGCGUGUCAGCGGCCUGAGUGGGAUUCGGAUGCGCAUUUGAGGGCGGUGAGGUGGGGGGUUGUGAGGGCGGCUACGGAUGGGAGACCGGGCCAUUGUGCUCUUUGUAGUGGGGAGGUUGAGGUGCCGAAGUUGGCGAAGAAGUAUAUUUGA